AACAACGGGCCGUGUGUGGCCAACACUCACGCUAACUGUGUUUGUUAAGGUGAAAUGUUAGCUGCCAACGUUUCCUGCGAACGUCGGCGGUUUCAUGCGUGCCAAUUAGCUCGGCGUCGGGCUAUCCAGGAAUUGAAGGGGAAUCAAGGGCCCUUUGUUUUAGCCCAGCAUGGACAGCUACUUCAAGGCAGCUGUAUGUGAUCUAGACAAACUGCUUGAUGACUUUGAGCUCAACACUGAGGAACUUGAUUGCAAGUCUGUUUUCCUGAAGCCCUCUGCGUAUCCCUUCUCCUCACUGGGCUCUCAGUGUUUAUCCUCAGAGGCGUCCACCGUCCCACCCAGCCUCCCUGACCUUAAUUCUCUUCAUUACGGCUCUGCCACCAGCUGUUCCGACCACCCCAGCGGUCACAACCGCAGCACCGAUGACAGAGAGGUCAAAGGUCAGCCUCUCACCGGAGUGGACCUUCUCUCCUCCGUGGAUCGUAGGCCAGCUAAGAGCUCGGCCCCUCCGUGCCCAGAUCGAGCUCUGAAGCCAGUGUGUGACCUUGUGAAUGACACAAGCUCGGCCAUCCUGGUCAGAGCCAACAGCCACGAUGCUUUCAGCGAGCUGGACAUGGUGGAAAAGCAAAUGGAGGAGGAGGAGACCCUGCUUGUGGACUUUGACAGCCCCGUGGUCACGGAGGAGCAAGGGGGGCUAAGCCAAAGCACUGGCUGUAGAGACAACAAGGAACAGCGCGCCUCUGCAGGGAAAGACGAACUGCUGAGUCUUGAUUCCCAUGAGCAGAGUGGUGGAUACUCUGCCUCACUCAGUCUGCUGGAUGUCAUACUUCCUGCAGCAGUGGACAGGGGCUGUGAGUCUACAGAUGAUUCACCGUCACCAAGGACCAAUGAGUCAGCUGAGAGAGAGGAGGGGGACUGUGAGGAGGUGGCUUGUACGAACCAAGUGUUGGAUAACUCUUUAGACCAUUGUGAACCAGAGGCCCCCCUGAGUGCUGAGAGCAUUAAAGAAACCACAACCUCACUGGAUAAAGAGAACGAGUCACAAGAAGCCUCAGAUAAAGGUGAGGCAGAGUCUCCUAAAGGUCUGAGGUCUGGGGCUUCAGACAGCGAACUGGUGGGCUUAUCAUGCUUGCCCAUAGCUGUGUCCAUGUGUGGAACUCUGGUGAAACCAAAGGACACAGAAGAUGAGUCAGGACAAGCUACAGAGCAGUGUGAUGAAGCAGACAUGUCGGAGAGCACAGAGGCAGACUCCCUGUCAGCACUGGAGGCCAGGGAGGAUAGGUCCUGUUUGAAGGAACCUGUUAACUCAUCAGUGUCUGUGUCCCAGCAGAUCGCAGAGGGCAGCCUGUCACCAGAGGGGGAGCAUGUCUGUCUUGGAGCUGCUGCUGCUGUCCCUUCUGUGGACCAUACCUCCUCUGAUCGCUCAGAACCCAGUCCACUUGAUCCUCCUGAGUUUGGCUUCGAGUAUCUGCCUGAGAGUGACCAGGCUGAGCUGCUGGUUACUGACGAAGAGUUAGAUGCAUUCCUGCAGGCGCACACUGAAGCAGAGCAGGGCAGAAGCGUCUCUUAUUGCAGCAGUUCUGGAGAUUGUACUCUACCUGAAAGUCUCACGGAACCAAAUGGGGAUCUAGAGGACAGGCUUGUGGAAGAGGAACUGAGAAGCUGUGGUCGAGCUAGACACGAGGAGCUAGAGGGUCUGGCUUCUCCAGAAAGUGACAGAACAAUGUGCGUGACUGUGGAGGGAAGUUUUAACCCCGGUGCUCCAUCACAAUCACAGGACUCUUGCAGACCUUGCCAGGAAGAGCCAGAACUCUCCUCUGGUGCAAGCCAUUCUUUGACCAGCAACACUUUCCAGUCCCAGCAAAGUAGUAGCCCUGAUCAACAGCCCUCCUAUGGAGGUGCAAGACCUAAACAGCUACACUGCCAAACUGCAAGGUCUCCACCAGCAGGGGAAGAAGCAGCGGCAGAGGAGCCUCAGACACUCAGUGGUUUUUCAAAAGGGCCAAGUGCAGCAGAGGAUGAAGGGAGUUCACCCAUAAGCACGAGUCUUACCGUAGAGCAUUCCAACAUUACGGAUUCAAGCCCUAUAUAUGCCACUCAGGAGAAUCAGGAUUACAGUGUGGGGUAUGAUGAACUCUCAGAGCCUCCACCUUACCCCGGGGAGCCACCCACAGAUGGUGCCAGGUCAGUAUAUUGGAAGAGAGAGGGAGCGGAGGAGCUGGGGAGCAGGCAGCCUGCUUGGGUGCCGGACUCUGAAGCCCCCAACUGUAUGAACUGCUACCAGAGGUUCACUUUCACCAAGAGGCGGCAUCAUUGUCGAGCAUGUGGAAAGGUUUACUGCGCUGUGUGCUGCAACAGGAAGUGCAAGCUGAAGUACCUGGAGAAAGAAGCUCGCGUGUGUGUCGUCUGCUUCGAUAGCAUACACAGAGCCCAGGCCCUGGAGCGGAUGAUGAGUCCUACAGGUCUCAGCCCAAACCCCAACGUCCCAUCUGAGUACUGCAGCACCAUCCCCCCUUUGCAGCAGGCUCGUGCCGCCGGCACUCUAAACUCACCUCCACCCACCGUUAUGGUGCCUGUGUCCGUUCUCAAACACCCAAACAACGACAGUUGUCCCCGUGAACAGAAGCGCGUGUGGUUCGCUGAUGGCAUCUUGCCCAACGGCGAGGUGGCAGACACAGCCAAGCUGUCGGUGACGAGCCGCAGGAGCUCCCAGGAGUUCAGUGGUGUCACCCCAGACCAGACAACACCUGGCUCAGCCGGGCCAGAGGUUGGAGUCGGUGUCUCCCCGACCCCCGAAGCUUCUGGAGCUGUAGAGGUGGUUCGACCUCCGCUGUCUGGACCCUGGGAUUAUGCCCUGCUUUCUGGAAUCGGUUCUUCAGUUAAGAGGGUUCCCUGUCUGCUGCCAGACAACGAGGAUGAGCUCCCUCCUCUGCUCAUCACCACCGGCGAGGACGAUGGAGGAGAUGUUUUGGUCGAGGAAAGUCCUGCCCCAUGCCAGAUUCUGCACCUACUAGAGGAAGGAGGACCCCGGCCUCUGACAUUUGUUCUGAACGCCAACCUGCUAAUCAACGUCAAGCUCGUGACAUAUUCCAGUCGGCAGUGCUGGUGUUUUGGUUCUAAUGGUCUGCAGGCUCUGGGACAGAGAGAGUUGGUGUUUUUGUUGGAGCUUUUGCCAGAGGAGAAAACUCUUCCAAAAGACCUCUUCACACUCUAUCUCACCAUUUACCAAGAUGCCCAAAAAGGGAAGUUUCUGGAGGAGCUGGAUAACGUGACCUUCACAAGCAGUUUCCUGGGCAGUAAGGAUCACGCUGGGAUGCUCUUCUUCUCUCCCACCUGUCAGCCUCUAGAUGGCCUCACCCUCCCCCCUCAGCCCUUCCUGUUUGGCCUGCUCAUCCAGAAACUGGAGGUGCCUUGGGCUAAAGUCUUUCCACUCAGGCUGCUUCUACGGCUUGGAGCUCAAUACAGUGUGUAUCCCACUACAUUGACUAGUUUUCGUUUUCGGGACUCUGUUUAUCGAGAGACGGGACACACCAUUAUGAAUUUACUGGCUGACCUGAGGAACUACCAGUACAGUCUGUCAGUCGUGGAGGGCCUGAGGAUCCACAUGGAGAUGGGCCACAGUUACAUCGACAUUCCCAAAAGUAGCUUCAAUGAGAUGCAGAAGGUGGUGAAUGCGUCUAAUGAGCACGUCAUCAGUAUAGGAGCAAGUUUCAGCUCGGAGGCCGACUCUCACCUGGUGUGUCUCCAGAAUGAGGAGGGAAACUAUCAGACCCAGGCUAACAGCAUGCCUGGGAAGACCCGCACAGUGACUGGGGCCAGUUUUGUGGUGUUCAAUGGAGCGCUGAAAGCCUCCUCGGGCUUCAUUGCAAAGUCCAGCAUUGUUGAAGAUGGGUUGAUGAUUCAAAUCCCUCCCGAGACCAUGGAGUCUCUGCGCUCUGCCCUGAGGGAGCAGACAGACUUCCACAUACCCUGCGGCAAGAGUGACGGAGGGGAGCUCCGGGAAAACGUCACUGUCCGCUGGGUUGACUGGAGGUCACCCGUCAACACGGGCAAAAGUAGCGGGGUUGAUGGGAGACCUCUGGAUGGAGUCCACAGUGUGAGGAUGCAGCAGGACACAGAGUUCGAGUCAGACGGUCGCACCAUCAGAUGCACUGAGGUGUUCUACCAGCUGAAGAGUCCUGACUGCAGCCUUGCGUCAGUGCUGUCGUCCUGCAGCGUGUUUCAGAAGGAGAUGGCUUUGGCCGCCUGCAGCGCUCUGACUCCUCACCUCGCUGUUCUCACCUCCAGUGGCAUCAACUCCAUCUCUCUCCGCGUCUCCACGCAGGCCGACAUGGUGGAGUACCAGGCCGGCUCCGGAGGGCGGCUCCUCCCUCAGCGCUACAUGAACGAGCUGGACGGCGCUCUGAUCCCCGUCAUCCAUGGAGGUAGCGCUAGUGUGCCACAGACUGCCAUGGACGUGGAGUUCAUCUUCUACAUCUCACACGCUAUCUAAUGCACAUUGCGGCCGUGUCACACUCAAAGUAUCGAAACAAAUAAAAAUCCACUUAACCCAAGGUGGUUGAGCAGAGAGAGAGAAGCUGUUGGUUGUGGCAGGACAUUGUGGCUAAUUCAGCAGCUAAUUGUGCAGGACUGGACUUGCAGCCAGUCUCAGAGGACAAGUAGCCGCUGGCACAACAUUCCCCCUCUGAGGUUGAGGAUGCAAACUGAUAUGAUAUUGGUUUUCUGUUAAGGAACCGGUGUAUGUUUGUGCUUUUCGUGCUCACCAAAGCUGCUUUAAUACAAGAAGCCAAACACAAAACAAGGAAUACGACAACACGACCAAAUACGACCAAACGAUUCAAACCGUUUUCCUCGGCUCUGCCUUCCAGGCUCCCCGCUGGCCUCUGUCAGCUCGGAGCACCUCAGUGAAUGUUUCCCGCAGAAAUGUCUCUCAUUUGGAUGUAUUUAUUAUAUUUUAAUAUGGGCUUAUUGAAUGAAAUGAUGAUAUUAAAGCAAGGGAUAUUACUGACUGCAGUA